GCGUGGUCAGGCCGGAUAAGAGCGAAGGGGGCGGCGGCCGGGAGGCUCACUCGGCGCCGCUGCCUGGGGGCCCUGGUGACCGCUGCGCCGCUCCUGCUGGGGAGCUGCCCGCGCCGAGGACCCGCGUCUGUCGUCUCCUCUCCCGUCGCUCAGUUUCCCCGGCAAGAACGUCCCCCACGAUGGCCGAGGAGAGCAGCAGCCGCGGGGACAGCGCGUCCUGCAGCGUGCUCAGCUGGGACCAGGUGAGCCGGCUGCACGAGGUCCUGAACGAGGUGGUGCCCGUGCACGGGCGAGGCAACUUCCCGACCUUGGAGAUCACCCUGAAGGACAUCGUCCAGACCGUGCGCGGCCGCCUGGAGGAGGCGGGCAUCCAAGUGCAGGACGUCCGCCUGAACGGCUCGGCCGCCGGCCACGUCCUGGUCAAAGACAACGGCCUGGGCUGCAAAGACCUGGACCUCAUCUUCCACGUGCCUCUGCCCACGGAGGUCGAGUUCCACCUGGUCCGGGACGUGGUCCUGUGCUCCCUCCUGAACUUCCUGCCCGAGGGCGUGAACAAGCUCAAGAUCAGCCCGGUCACCCUGAAGGAGGCCUACGUGCAGAAGCUGGUGAAGGUGUGCACGGACACCGACCGCUGGAGCCUCAUCUCCCUCUCCAACAAGAACGGCAGGAACGUGGAGCUCAAGUUCGUCGACUCCAUCCGGCGCCAGUUCGAGUUCAGCGUGGACUCCUUCCAGAUCAUCCUGGACUCCCUGCUGGUCUUCUACGACCGCUCCGGCCAGCCCAUCUCCGAGCACCUGCACCCCACGGUGAUCGGGGAGAGCAUGUACGGGGACUUCGAGGAAGCCCUGGACCACCUGCAGAACCGGCUGAUCGCCACCAAGAACCCCGAGGAGAUCCGGGGCGGGGGCCUGCUCAAGUACAGCAACCUCCUCGUGCGGGACUUCCGGCCCACCGACCAGGAGGAGAUCAAGACGCUGGAGCGCUACAUGUGCUCCAGGUUCUUCAUCGACUUCCCGGACAUCCUGGAGCAGCAGCGGAAGCUGGAGACCUACCUGCAGAACCACUUCGCCGAGGAGGAGAGGAGCAAGUACGACUACCUCAUGAUCCUGCGCAGGGUCGUGAAUGAGAGCACCGUGUGCCUCAUGGGGCACGAGCGCAGGCAGACCCUGAACCUCAUCUCCCUCCUGGCCCUGCGCGUGCUGGCCGAGCAGAACAUCAUCCCCAGCGCCACCAACGUCACCUGCUACUACCAGCCGGCCCCCUACGUCAGCGACGGCAACUUCAACAACUACUACGUGGCCCAGCCUCCCGUGACCUACAGCCAGCCCUACCCGACCUGGCUGCCCUGUAACUAACCUUGAGACCUGAGGGUUUUCUCAGCGGGAACGCCCCAGAGGGCUCUAAGCAAGGGCUCUCAGCUAGGGGAGCCUCCUUCUAGAUGUAGGUGUUUGGCUUUUAAAGGGGAACUCAGCUCUG